UCACAGAUCUAGAACACAUCACGAGAGAAGAACUAAACCUUCAGUUGUGCAGAAAAGCAGGGAAGAAUGGCCGGAGGACGAGAAGAGCUGAAGCUGCUGGGGACUUGGGCGAGCCCGUUUGUGAUCAGAGUGAAGCUUGCGCUCAGCUUCAAGGGCCUGAGCUAUGAGAACGUUGAGGAGGAGGACCUCUACCACAACAAGAGCGAGCUGCUCCUCAAGUCCAACCCGGUGCACAAGAAGGUGCCCGUGCUCGUCCACAACGGUAAGCCCGUCUGCGAAUCUCAGCUCAUCGUGCAAUACAUCGACGAGGCCUUCAGCACAGAUGGCCCCUCCAUCCUCCCUGCUGAGCCCUACCAACGCGCCGUCGCUCGCUUCUGGGCCGCCUACAUCGACGACAAGUUGUUUGCCUCGGCGUUGCAAGCCGGUAGAGCCAAGACGGAGGAGGAGAAGGCCGAGGCACUGAAGCAGACGUUCGCGGCGGUCGAGACCCUGGAGGCAGCCUUCAAGGAGUGCUCCAACGGGAAGCCCUUCUUCGGUGGUGACACCGUGGGGUACUUGGACAUCGUGCUCGGGACCCUCAUACCGUUGGCGCAUGUCGGCGAGGCACGGUUUGGCAUCAAGCUCUUUGACGGCACCAGAAGCCCGCUCCUGGAGGCAUGGGUGGAGCGCUUCGCGAUGAUGGAUGCGGCCAACGCAGUCCUGCCAGAGGUCGACAAGCUGAUCGAGUACAGCAAGGCGAAGCAGGCACGAGCUGCAGCUUUGGCCGCAGCUGCAAGGAACUAAAAUUGGCUCGGUCAUGUGAGGGCCAUUGGGUAGCAUCUUUACAGAAUACAGUUAUACAGACGCACACAGUCUUAUACUCCAUUGGUUGUCGUACAGUUGUUCUAUUGUAAUAAUGAACCGUAGUAUUUAG